GGAGGAGAAGCAAAGGGAAAACAAGGAGAGAGAAUGAGCAACAUUGUGCAAUAUAUUGUUGUGCGCAGCGAUCUGCGAAACACGCUCAACUGGCCGCUGGGCGCUGUGAUAGCACAAUGUUGCCAUGCGACGGCAGCGGUGAUGAGUUUGCACGUGGAGGACGAGGAGACGCAGGCGUAUCUCAAGGAUCUGGACAACAUGCACAAGGUGGUGCUGGAGGCCAAGGAUGAGGCGGCGCUGGUUAAACUGAGCGAGAAGCUCAAGGAGAACGAGAUCAAGCAUAAACUCUGGAUCGAACAGCCAGAAAAUACACCCACUUGUCUGGCCAUCAAACCCUAUGUGAAGGAAGCGGUCCACAAAUAUGUGAAGAACCUCAAACUACUGAAGUAACCCAUAAGAAACUAGACUGGCAUUUGUUGAAAAUAAAAAGUGGAAAGAAA